AGUAUCCAAGAAGCAGGUUUAAGUGUCAGGGAAAUGGUUUUCAAGUCUGCAUAUCAGUUCUGGCAGAACCAAUGCUACCCCUUUUCUGUUUUAAAUCUGCGCAUAUGGCCUGUUUUUCUUUUGGUUUUUUCUCAGAGAUCAAUGGCAUUUGAUCCGCUGGAUCCUUUUGGAAAUAUAACUAUCAAAUGGGAUGUGAUCUCCUGGACCCCAGACGGUUAUGUGGCAACAGUGACAAUGAACAAUUUUCAAAUGUAUAGGCAUAUCAUGAGUCCUGGUUGGACCCUGGGAUGGAAUUGGGCUAAGAAAGAAGUGAUUUGGUCAAUGGUGGGAGCCCAAACCACUGAACAAGGAGAUUGUUCUAAGUUCAAAGGAGGAAACAUGCCACAUUGUUGCAAGAGAAACCCUGUGGUUGUGGAUUUGCUCCCUGGAGUUCCUUACAAUCAACAAAUAUCCAAUUGCUGUAAAGGCGGAGUGGUGUCAUCAUGGGGCCAAGAUCCCUCUGCUGCUGUUUCCGCUUUUCAAGUGAGUGUCGGCCUUGCUGGCACUUCCAAUAAAACUGUAAAACUGCCAAAGAACUUCACUUUGCUCGCUCCUGGUCCUGGCUACACAUGUGGCCCAGCAACAAUUGUGCCUUCUACAGUCUAUCUUACUCCUGAUCGCAGGCGAAAGACUCAAGCAUUAAUGACAUGGAAUGUGACAUGCACGUACUCGCAGUUUUUGGUAUCCAGGCAUCCACGCUGUUGCGUGUCCUUUUCUUCAUUCUACAAUCAAACCAUCACUCCUUGCCCAGCUUGUUCCUGUGGUUGCCAUAAUAAAGACAGGUGUAUCAAGAGUGAUUCAAAGAGGUUGAGCACAGUGGGUAUAAACACUCCCAGAAAAGAUAAUGAGCCACUGCUACAAUGCACUCAUCAUAUGUGCCCCAUACGGGUGCAUUGGCAUGUGAAACAAAACUACAAAGACUAUUGGCGUGUAAAGAUGGCUGUCACCAACUUCAAUUACAGACUCAACUAUACGCAGUGGACUCUUGUGGCACAACACCCAAAUCUCAACAAUGUUACCCAAGUUUUUAGCUUCGAUUAUAAGCCUCUUGUUCCCUAUCGAUCCAUAAAUGACACUGGGAUGUUUUAUGGAAUGAAGUUCUAUAAUGAUUUGUUAAUGGAAGCUGGGCCCUUUGGAAAUGUGCAGUCAGAAGUGCUUAUGCAGAAGGACAAGAACACCUUUACAUUCAAGCAGGGAUGGGCUUUCCCUCGUAAAGUCUACUUUAAUGGGGAAGAAUGCAUGCUUCCACCUCCUGAGACAUACCCUUCGCUGCCAAACUACGCUAGCACUGAAUCAAUCAUAAUUUCAGCCAUGGCAACUUCUUUGUUUUGGUUCUUACAGUUUUUCAUUUGUUGAUAGAGUGUCAAUUAAGGUUUUGUUAUCACUAGUUCAUGCAUGAUCAUUUUGAUGGCAACUAUUUUGUGCG